UUUAAAAUAACGACUAUAACUAAUCUCCGCAACUGAUUCUCAUUUUUUCGGAUUUUCCUUCUAAAUAGAAAGUUUCACAAAAUCUUUUAAUUAAAAAAAAAAAAAACAUCAAUGUACACAUGCAAAAACACGCGGGAGCUGCCACGUAGUCACCCUAAUUUGUCCCGGCCGUUGGAUUUGGUAAACGCAAACUAUCAAUCUUUUCCACGUCACAGUCCUAGUCAUCUCCAACUUUUAAAUUUCUGUUAAUUCCUAAUUUACCUUUUUUUUUUUUUUUUUUGUUUUUUUUUUUGUUUAUUAUUAAUACUCCUUUCUUCAGUUCUUGUUUGCUGUUUGAUUUUUCGCUAUACAUCCCAGGCAUGUCUGCUCUACCUUUUUCAUCCUUUUGUAUUCUGCAUUUCAAUCUGUGAUAUGUUUUGCAAUGAUCAGUUAUUAUUUGAUGAUAAAUAUGAAUUAGAUUGUGAUUAUUGAUAAGAUUUUGUUUUUUAAAAUGAUCAGGAAUUGAAGUUGUUUCAAUGAUCGUCUAUGGCGUAAAGGAAGAAUUGGUCGAUAAAGAGAAAGGAUUUGGAGAUGGAGAUCCAUGCGAAGGAAGAAAUGCACGUAACCGGCGACGACGACAAGGAGUUUAUGGUUGAUGGUGCGAGUGAAGACGCGAAGGAUGUAGGCAAUAAGAGGGCGUUGCCGGCCGAAUUUUGUGUACGAGAGCAACAGAAGCGAGGUGAGACGACGAUAUUCUGGGAGAUGUUUCUUCAUGUUACGUCCAUUAGGGUGCUGGUGGUGGAGAUCGAUGACUCCACGAGGCGUGUUAUCAGUGCGCUGCUUAUGAAUUGCAAUUAUGAAGUGAUCGGAGCUUCAAACGGAUUGGAAGCAUGGAAGAUUUUAGAAGAUGAAACCAACCAGAUUGAUCUUGUGCUGAGUGAGGUAGUAAUUCCUUAUUUGUCAGGCUUAGAUCUUCUCUGCAAAAUUAGGAGCCACAAACCGUGCAGUAAUAUUCCCGUGAUUAUGAUGUCCUCCCACGAUUCGAUACACUUGGUCUUUAAGUGUUUAUCAAAUGGGGCAGUAGACUUCCUGGUAAAACCUGUUAGGAAGAAUGAGCUUAAGAACUUGUGGCAGCACGUCUGGAGAAUUGGAAGUUGCCACAAUUCUAAUGGCAGUGUAAGUGGGAGUGGGAAAGAAACCAAAAGCUUUGACGGCGACGUUGGAGAGGAUAGUAGAAGCAGCAGCGACUUGAAAACCGGUGGUGGCCAUGAAUGAUGCAGGUUCCAUGAUUUACUUGUUUUCAUUGGAAACAUUUAGGACUUAGUACAAAAUCUCAUGUUUAACUAAUUAGGAUUCAUCUUUUUGAGGUUGUGUUGAUAAUGAUAUGCCACUUAGAUUAUAUUCACCAACUCUUAGAGAAGAGAUGGCCUUAAUAUAGAACCAAUAAGUGAAAUUGAGCUUCUGUUCUGUUCCUC